AUGGUAGCUAUGUAUCAGCAAGAAAACAUGAUAGAACUCCUGAGGUGCCGAUUACGCAACCCAAGCCUCUCCCUGGCAACAGAGGCAGAAGUGCGGGACUUAUUGGACUCAAUUGAAGCUGAAUCUGAAAAACUUAAAGAGGAGCUUGAGCGCUUGACAGGCGAAUAUGAACCAGCAGAAAAUGCUGAAGAACGCAAAAUGUGCCUUCUUCUUUGGAGUGCAAAAUCGGAGUUGUUCGUUCAAGCUGUGCACCUUAGGGCUGAGAGGCAGCCGCUGGUUGAUAGCAAGACAAUCGGUUCACGGUUGGGCACAAAGUUGAAAGAAAAAACUUUCAAGGCAAUCAACAACAGACGACCCACAAUAGACAAGCUCAUUACCAAAUAUAAUCUACGAUACUUGCAGUACAGGCUCAAGUUCCCCAACCGAAAUGGCUUCGAAGCCGGCAAGGACGACAGUUUGACAUAUGAAAAACUUAAGACAAUGCCUCUUGAUGACGCUUUUUGGAAUGAUGGAUUUUUCUACCACUGCGAUGCUCCAUGGGCAGUCAACCCAGAUGUGAGGGAGGGUGUCAAUUGUGUUCUUGUUCUUAGUAGGGUACAAGAAGAGUUUGAACUUAUUUCACAAGAGCUGGUCCAUAUGAUGGCUUGGGCAAUUGGGGUCCAUGAACAUAUUGCCAAGCAGAUUGCUUACACGCAAGAACGAAUUUCUCGUCUGAGGGACACAUCAUCCGAACCACCAGAAGAUCACCUUGAUAGAAUUCAUCUGACCAAUAUCUCCCGAAGUGACAAAGUCAAGUUGAUACAGAAAGAACUUCUCAAUCGACUUGCAAUUCAUAACAAUCUGGUGGAAGAAUGGUCGGAAAAUGUUACUUGGCUAUGGGGUUGCUGUCAGCCAACAGAAAAUCAGUCGUUUGUGCAAAUUUGGAAUGACUUGGUGAAACAAGUCAAGCAGGAAAAACUUAACAACUUCGCAGAUUUGAACAAUGCCGAAGAUGCUUUGGAAGAGAUAGUUUCAGGGGAAGUAGUAGAUGAUGGUGAGGAUGCUGAUGGGUCUUGGGUUGAUUCAUAA